AUGCCUCCGGCGGUUGAUUAUAAUCUUCUUGUAUCUCAACCAGCUGUCAAGCGUUUUAUUGAUGAAAGACAAGCAACCCUUGAAGUUUAUUCUUCAGAUAUCGUUGGAGAUACUUCAGCUCCUUGCACAACUUUUGCAAUAAUUAGCGGUAGUAACUUCCCACAAGAGAUGGUUGAAGGCUUAUCAAAUCUUACUUUCGAUCUUCCAUUUGGUGGUCAGGUCCAUCCUCAAGUAGAGUUUGCUCCAAUAACUUCCAAAGUUGAUAGGAAUAAACGUGUUAACAAAAACCUUCCAUCAAUUGAAGCUGAUCCAGAAUUUACUGCUUUUGCUGCUAGUUACAAGGAAAAAAUGAAAAUCCCAACAGACAAACUUUUUGAUUUGGAGAAAGUCGAGGAUGUCCAAGAAAGUAAUAGCAAAGCGAUCAUCAAACAAUUCAAUAUUAAAUUUACAGAUCAUAAAUAUAAGAAUGACCAAGCUCCAAACGCCGAACCACCUAAGAAGAAGAAAAAGAACAAAAAGAAGAAUAAGAAAAACAAGAAUCCAGCUCAACCAAAUUAA